AAGUUUCUCAGCGCAGAAGCCCAGUGCUAGAGGCAGGUGGGAGGGUAGCGUGUGAGUGUCUUAGGUCUACGUGUGGAAAAUGUGCAAACGUGGACAGCGAUCAGAGAGCAGCCCUGGAUUAGUGAAUCCCGGUUAUUUAAAGCCCGGAGCCGGAGCAUCGCGCCCCGGCAGUGUCGGGCAGGUGGACGAUGGAUUACAUCUACAACAGCAGCCAUGGGCACUUUGAGGUCUUCACCACUGUGUUCUCUCCUAAAGUGUGCAGGAAUUCAAGAACCAAACCUAAUUACGGACAGAAAGAAAGAAGAGAUGAGAUGGCAGCAGGGCUCAACUACACUCCCCACUGGCCAGAUGAGCUUGAACUCUGUCAGGGUGAUGUCAUCCCUGUUCUCAUCAGGGAUGAUGAAAUGAGGUGGUUUGGGCGCCAGCAGAAUGGGCAGCAGGGCUAUUUCCCUCCUACUUGUGUAACCAAACAGAAUUAUAUAAAUGAAAAUUCCCGUACAGAUUCACAGUUGCACAGUGACCUGACUUGGAGAGUUUCCUUCGCCAACACAGAGGGUUACAGAACUGGCAAGAGACGGCCCUCCAUAUUUGAUAAAGCCCAGCCAUCGGCGCUCGUAUCAAGCUCAUUAAAGCUUGGGACAGCCCAGGAGCCAGCCACAGAUGGCCCCGCUCAUUCUAAAGGGAUGUACCCAAAGUCUCAGCUGUGUAGGAAGGUUGGGUGUGGGCUGGAUCUGGGGCCUGAGGCCUCUCUGCCCCUGACAGCAAGCAUCUCCCACAGUUCCCCCGGCCUCCUGCGCAGGAUUCGCCUGAAGCAGAAGGAAAAGGAGGAGUACCAAGGAGCCACAAAUGCCGCUUUCGAACCGGACUGAGAGAUGUGUGCUGCUGGAAGCUUUGGGAGGCUGCAUCUGUAAUUGUGAAGAGCACGCAGAAGGAAGUGAAGUAGCUGUUAUUUUUAAGACAUGACAUCCUGCAACACAGAGCUCCUUUCAGGUAGCCGAGCACAGUUAACCUCUUGGCAGUUCACAGAGCUGUGCUGUUUAACUGGUUGUGUGACAAGGCCCCCACCUUCAUCCUGCAGAAAGAAUACAGAGCCUGUGGCAGUGCUCACAGACUGACCUGCUUUUUUAAGUCUUUUUUUUUCCAGAAAUAUCAAAACCAAAGAACUGUAUAUCUGCUUUGGCAUUGUGUUCUGUUUUCAAGUUGGACUGUAACCUGCACAAGCUGUGCAUACAUUGUAUUGUUAUAUUUAUGAUAUAUUGUAAAGUAACCUGAAUUGUACGGUGUUAUUCAAUAGUUACUUCAAAGUAUUUGAAGAGAAGUCUCAUAAAUGGAGGUUUCCAAGGAUUAAAAUUUCAUUAAAUGUGCAUUUUUACUGUUCUCUAUUAACUUGAUUCAGUUACAUUAUUCAUAUUCUAAAUCUAUAUCUGAAAAUUCAAGUGGUCAAACAUCCUUUUUUGCAUGUACGUCCAGGUUAUGUCCUUCUUGCUGUACGUAAGGCAUGUCUGUAUAAAAGUGUAAUAAUAAAGGUAGUCUGCAUGUUGUGAAUUAGUAAUCCCCAAAUUAUUUUUUAGCAAUAAAUAACACCACUGUUAUGAAGGUUGUCCUAGUAACGCAAAAACAAGCCUCACUAGUUCCAUAAAGCCUAAAACUCUGCCCUUCAGCCCCCUGUUCCUGAAAGAUCUUUUCAUUCGCACGAAGCACUGCAGAUACAACAGGAAAUAAA